AUGGCGGAGUGUUUGCGCGCAACGAGCGCGCUGAUCGUGCGCGACCCACGGUGCGCGCAAGCGGACAAUGACCGGUUUCUCGAUAUGAUGGAGUCGUACUUCGCGCAGCCCAAGACGACCAAGCUCGCGCACUCGCGGCCCGAGCUGCACUAUCAGGUGGGCGUGACCCCCGAGGGCGUGGAGAUGCCGCAGAGCGCGCUGGACGAGGCGGUGAAGGCGCGCAUGGCGCAACUCCCCGCGGACAGCCGCCCCCACGCGCCCUCCGGGCCCGACUGCAAGUGGCGGUUCAUGUGGCGCGUCGGGCCCCGGCCCGCGCGCACCAGAUACCAGGUGAGCGCUGGGGAGAGUGGGGGAGGUCUUGCGCGCACCAGAUACCAGGUGAGCGCUGGGGAGAGUGGGGGAGGUCUUGCGCGCACCAGAUACCAGGUGAGCGCUGGGGAGAGUGGGGGAGGUCCUGUGCGCACCAGAUACCAGGAGCUGAACGCCAGUCCGGUGGUGCCGGAGGGGUUCCCGCAGUGGGCUUCGGUGAUGGAUGGGUGGGGAUGCAAGAUGACUGCUGCAGUGGAGGUGAGAGGGAUGGACGAAGAGAACUAUUCUAUCUUUAGGCGCCUCAGAAGUGGGUUCUUCUCAGUGAGCGGCGGUGGUGGAUGGGUGGGAAUGCAAGGUGACUGCUGCAGUGGAGGUGAGGGGAAUGGGCGGCAGGGGAGAGAGAGUCUUUCUUUGAGGCGCCUCACAAAUGGGUCCCCUCAGUGGGCGGCGGUUAUGGAUGGGUGGGGAUGCAAUAUGACUGCUGCUGUGGAGGCAGUGGCUGAGAUGCUGGCAAUCGGAUUUGAUCUUCCACAGGACUCGUUCACCUCUCGCAUGCACAUGCCCACCUUCCCACUGCCUUUCCCCUAUCCUUCCGUCCUGCUGGCCCCUGUUCCACCCCUUCCUUCCCAGGGCCCACACCUGCUGGCCCCCACAGGCAGUGAUCUGGGAGAGCACGGCUCACCUGGAACGGUCCUGGCGGGGUAUCAUGCAGAUGCAAAUUCCUCACCAUCCACUGUUCAGUUGACUCAUGAUUUAUACGUUCUCCAUCCCUUCUCCACUCCUCCCCAGGGCCCACACCUGCUGGCCCCCACAGGCAGCGACCUGGGAGAGCAUGGCUCCCCUGGAACAGUCCUGGCGGGGUAUCAUGCAGAUCUCAACUUCCUCACCAUCCACGGACGGUGCAGAUUCCCCGGCCUACGUAUCUGGCUGAGGGAUGGCACCUGCUGCCGUGUCUCGGUGCCUGACGGCUGCCUGCUGCUUCAAGCAGGGAAACAGAUGGAAUGGCUGACGGGAGGAGAGGUGGCGGCGGGAAUGCAUGAGGUGGUGGUGGAUGAGGGCACAGUGGCGGCGGUGCAGAGAGCACAGCAGCAGGGGCGCAGCCUCUGGCGAGUCUCCAGUACGGUUUUUGCACACAUAGCAUCAGAUGAGAUCCUCACGCCCAUUUGGCACUUCGCCGCUAGCAAACUGGCAUCUAGCUUUCCACCCAAGCCUGCUGGAGAGUUUGUGGAGGAGGAACUAGCAGCCAUUCAGUUAAAAACCUCCAGCGGGGGUGGCUGA